AUGGCCGCCAACUUUAUCCGUACCUCGCGCAAGAUCAUUGCCAUUGGUCGCAACUAUGUCGACCACGCCAAGGAGCUCGGCAACGCCGUGCCCAAGGAGCCCUUCUUCUUCCUGAAGCCCACCACCUCGUUCCUCUCGCCUGGCGAGGGCCCCUUCGAGGUCCCCAAGGGCAUCAACGUCCACCACGAGGUUGAGCUCGGUGUUAUCAUUGGCAAGAACGGCCGUGACAUCUCGAAGGCAGACGCCUUCAACUACGUUGCUGGCUACACCCUCGCCAUUGACAUGACCGCCCGCAACAUGCAGGAGGCUGCCAAGAAGAAGGGUCUCCCUUGGUCGGCCGCCAAGGGCUUUGACACCUUCUGCCCCAUCGGUCCUUUCAUCCCCGCCGCCAAGGUGCCCGAUGCGACCAAGGUUGGUCUUCAGCUCGCCGUUGACGGCGUCGUCAAGCAGUCCGGUGUCACCGGCGACAUGAUCUUCGACAUUCCCCACCUCAUCUCGUUCGUCUCGGGCAUCAUGAGGCUUGAGGAGGGCGACGUGAUCCUCACUGGUACCCCUGCCGGUGUCGGACCCGUCAAGGCCGGCGAGACCGUCGCCGUCAAGAUGACCUACCCGGGUCUCGAGGGUGAGGUCCUCGACCAGUUUGAGGUCCAGGCUGUCGCCCGCGAGGGCGGCUACGAGUUCAAGGAGGCCAAGUAA